GGGUUUAUUAUGCCGGUAUAGAGUCGAAACCCAAUAUUAGCAAAAUUAGUUGACGUUAGUAAAUCAGUAAAUCAAACAAGGCCUUGCAAGAAGCCCAUUAGUAAAGUCUUAUCCAAGAAAGAGUUCAAGCCCAUGCGCGUCGUCCUUUCAUAUGGCGAGCGCCGUCGUCUCGGCUUGGUUUCGCCUCCCGCCGCGGGUUAAGUCGCAUCGUUCCACGACCUGUUUUAAUUAUCUCCGUCUGAUCACUACAACUUCGUCCAUGUGCCAACAUACCGGCGAAAUCAGUGCCGUCGUCGAUGUCUCCCGUAACGACGGGGUGCUUCGAAGAGAUCUGAUCGAUUCGUGGCCACUAGGGAGCGUGGUAACGCAGGGAUGUCACGCGUCUGUGGCGGCGAUCUGGUCGUUUAAAGAUGAUCCGGUCACGCUUCAGUAUUGUGAUCCCGCGCACAUUGAUUCUAUGCACAAGGUGACUUUAGAGGUUAAAGGGGAGACUCAGAUGAUGAAUUUGACAGAGAAGCUGAGAUAAGGAGGGAUCUCUCAUAAGCUAUGGAUGGAACAGCCUGAGAAUAUUCCGACUUGUAUCGCUACAAAGCCUUAUCACAAAUCUCAAGUCUCUCCUUUCUUCAAAUAUCUCAAGCUUUGCAAGUGAUUAUUUUCAAAAUUUUAUUUCUUUCAUAUCUAUUUUUCGCUACUAUAAUCAUGAAUUAUUGAAUUACACAACAAUCACAAAAAGAGAGAAAAAAAAACAUGUUAUUUAGUUUUUACAAACGGUUAUAAAGACAACAUGUAAAGAGAAGUUUGUAUAUAUUACAUACAAAAACAUAGAGAACUCGGAGGAAGGAGAUGAGAGUUUUUUUGGUUUUAGGAAUGGGCGAUGAGGCGUUUACCACAGGUAGAGCAAAUAAGGCGACGUUUGGCUUUGUUAUAGAGAGGGACGAAGCAGAAUCUCCACUGGCUUUCUACGUCCACCGUUUGAACCAUUCCACCGCAGUACGGACAUGCUCCAGGAGCUGCGUAUCUUCCGAUCACUCUCUCGUCUUGAUCGCACACGAACACCAAACACAUCUCUGCUUUUUCUUCUUUUUGUCAAGGUAAAACAAAUGGAAUAUCUUUUUUUGCUUUAGAAAGGUGGCUGUGCCGAUUUAUUUAUAGAGGAUGACUUUUAUGGAAAUAGAUUUAUGUUUCCGCGUGAGAAAAAAAAAAGUGAAUUUAGGAUCUCCAGAAAAAUUUAGCUUAAUCUAGAAGCAAUUUU